AUGCCCAACAUGGAGAGGGGCAAACCAGCCACCUACACUGGUGAUAAAAAGGCAAAGAUGGCUGCGAAGACCAAUAAGAAGUGGGUCAGGCUGGCCACCGUGUUUGCAUACGUUUUAUCCGUGUCCCUCGCCGCGAUCAUACUGGCCAUCUAUUACAGCCUCAUCUGGAAACCCACCGGCGCGCAAUCCGGAAAACCGGUGUGUCCAGCCACCAACAGCACCGCAAACAGCACCGCAAACACCAACGGGACAGAAACCAACGGCACACAUGCAGACCUGAUCAAUAACAACGCGACCGAGUCCAAUGCGUCAAGGACAGCCAGAUCCCUCUCCAAAAGUGCGCACUCCGAAUCCACGGAUCCGCUCAAAUACCCCGAUAUAAAAGCACCACAUGCGCAGAGAGAUCCGACGCUUCCCAUCACAGAUGUCCAUGAUGAGAGCGCAACAGCCGACGAGGAUUCCUCUCGAGUGCAACAACAGGCUCAAUUUGUGUCUAAUGGAAAUAACCCGAAAAGAAAGAACUAA